CGCCUUCUGGACCCCGUCUGUCCUCCCUCACAGCGCCCUCAGCGCCUUAAGCCACCACCCCCAGCCGCAUUUUGGGAGAAAGAUGGAGUCCAAGGUCUCAGAAGGCGGCCUGAACGUGACGCUGACGAUCCGCCUGCUGAUGCACGGAAAGGAAGUCGGAAGCAUCAUCGGGAAGAAAGGAGAGACAGUGAAGAAGAUGCGUGAGGAGAGUGCUGCGAGGAUCAACAUCUCGGAGGGGAACUGCCCAGAGAGAAUCGUGACCAUCACGGGCCCCACAGACGCCAUCUUCAAGGCCUUUGCCAUGAUCGCAUACAAGUUUGAGGAGGACAUCAUCAACUCCAUGAGCAACAGCCCUGCCACCAGCAAGCCCCCCGUGACGCUGCGACUGGUGGUGCCUGCAAGCCAGUGCGGGUCCCUGAUCGGCAAAGGUGGCUCCAAGAUCAAGGAGAUCAGGGAGUCCACAGGUGCCCAGGUCCAGGUGGCCGGGGACAUGCUGCCCAACUCCACGGAGCGGGCGGUGACCAUCUCGGGGACCCCGGACGCCAUCAUCCAGUGUGUUAAGCAGAUCUGUGUGGUCAUGCUGGAGUCCCCACCGAAAGGUGCCACCAUUCCCUACCGCCCAAAGCCCGCCUCCACCCCUGUCAUUUUUGCAGGUGGUCAGGCCUACACCAUCCAGGGACAGUACGCCAUCCCCCACCCGGAUCAGUUGACCAAGCUCCACCAGUUGGCCAUGCAGCAAACCCCCUUUCCUCCCCUCGGACAGACCAACCCCGCUUUCCCCGGAGAAAAGCUGCCUUUACACUCCUCCGAAGAAGCUCAAAAUCUGAUGGGCCAGUCGUCAGGUCUGGACGCCAGCCCCCCAGCCAGCACUCACGAGCUCACCAUUCCCAAUGAUCUAAUAGGCUGCAUAAUCGGACGCCAGGGGACCAAAAUCAAUGAAAUUCGGCAGAUGUCUGGGGCUCAGAUCAAAAUUGCCAACGCCACUGAAGGGUCGUCCGAGCGUCAGAUCACCAUCACGGGGACCCCGGCCAACAUCAGCCUUGCCCAGUAUCUCAUCAACGCCAGGCUGACGUCCGAGGUCACUGGGAUGGGCGCGCUCUGA